AUGAAGUACCAUUAUAUUUACAACUGCAUUAGAUCCAAUAUUAUGUCUAUACAAAAUCCAACAAUUUAUGAUCAAUUAGUUGUCAAAAGUUCUAAAUCAUCAUCUUCUUUGUACUGUCGGCCUUUGCAAUUUAAAUUUGUAGAUAAAACUGAAGUCCUUCUUCGUAGUGAGGAACUGACAUUAAAAAAUGUGAUCAAACAGCAGGCUAAAACAAGCUAUGUCCUUCUUAAUGGUAAAUCUAUUGAUGUUCACUAUAAAAUUGAAAUUACAAUGAUUGAUGGCAAAACCCAUACUCCAUUAUCAGAUGUAACUGACUCGACACAGAACUGCUCUCUAUGCGGUGUUAGUCCAAUAGAAAUGAAUGAUAUUUACACGACAGCUAUUAGUAAAGGCGAUAAGUCAAACUUUCGAAGAAAAAUAAAACCAUUUGUAAUUGAAGAUAAUGAGCUGUAUCAUCUGGGUAAAUCUGGCGUUAAGAGAAAAGUUAUUUGGUGCAAAGAAGAGCAACACCAUAUAAUUAAGUCUGUUCAUGAUGGUAAUGAUAUUUCUAAUGAGGCUAACGCAUUAUCUGGCCACAUAGGCAUCAAUUCAACAACAGAGCAUAUUAAAAAGAGAUUUUUUUGGUUUGGUAUGAUAAAAGACAUUACAGCCUAUGUUUCAGAAUGUGAUAAUUGUCAAAAAGCAAAAAACAAGAAACUUCAAGUUAAACCAUUGUUACAAAGCAUAUCGAUUCCAAAAGGUAACAUGAAACAGGUUGGGAUUGAUUUGACUCAACUCCCAGAAGUAAAUGGAUAUAAGUAUCUGAUAGUACUAGUUGAUUAUUUCAGCAAAUGGGUGAAAGCUGAACCUCUUUUUGAUAAAAUAGCAAAAUCUGUUGCAAUAUUCCUGUAUAAACAAAUAUGUAGACACGGGUGUUUUGAAAUACAGAUUAACGAUCAAGGCCGUGAAUUUGUAAAUGAGCUUUCAAAUGAGCUUCACAGAAAAACUGGGACUCGCCAACGCAUGACGAGUGCAUACCAUCUACAAGCAAACGGUUUAGUAGAACGUCAAAAUCAGUCAAUAAAACAAACAUUGGUAAAGGUGCUAGAAGAUGCUGCUCUUGAAUGACCAUUUAUUAUUGACGGUGUUUUAUUUUCAAUGCGAAUUAGAAAACACAAAUCAACUGGAUUUUCACCCUUUGAAUUACUUAAUCAAAGAGAACCUGUUCUGCCGAUUGAUAUAGAUCAGAACCUAAUUGACUAUAAUGAUAAUGCUACUCUGAUUGAAGACGAUUCCCAAAACAAAAAAGCAAUUUUGGAAACAUUAAACAAAAUGAAUGAAAUAAAGAAGUGUAUUUUCGAUGAAGCUUACGAAAACAUCCAAAAGUCACAAGUAAGGCAAAAACGCGACUAUGACAAAAGAGUUAACCCACAGAAUAGUAUUGCUAUAGGAACAAAAGUUUUAUUGCGAAAUCAUAAACGUGAUGACAGAAAAGGUGGAAAGCUUGAUAAACCAUGGAUAGGACCAUACACGGUAACUAAUAUUUCAAGUACUAAUAACUGUAGUUUAAAAAAUGAAAGAAAUGUAAUAUUGAAAAAAAAGUACAAUCUAACAAGUUUGUCCUUGUACAAAGAAAAAACACUUAGUAAUGGAAGCAUUCAAAUAGAAGAAGUUAACAAAUUAUCAAAUGAUAAUGAUAUCAAAAUUGAACCAGUUAUCAAAGACGUUGAAUCAAGCAAGUCAAAUAUAAA